UUCAUUGGCUUCCACGUCGCCGCCAGGAGCGCGGCCUUUUCGGGCAGGCGGAAGCGGCGGGCGGCGGUGCGGGAGGAGGAGGUGUCUGGAAAAUGGAGAAGACUUUGAACAGAAUUCAUCCAGUUUCUAAUCCAGAAGCAACAUAUUUUCUUCAAGUGUCGUGGGAAAAAGAUUUAGGUGCUGGCUUUGGUAUAAUACUUACUGAUGGUCAAUGUGCAUGGACUGGGACAGUGUCUGAAGCUGACGUUUCUAGGGAGGCUGCCGACAUGGAAAUGGAUAGAAAAAAGUAUGUUGAAGAACUGAAGAAAGCAUUGAUAGCUGGAGAAGAAUCAGCUGGCAAAUAUAACUUUGCUGUUUCAAGAGAUAAAGAAAAUAUGGAGUGUCACUUCUCCUAUGAAAAAAAUCUGAAAGAUGGCUCUUUUAGACUUGGAUGUCUGAAGCUACAUAAAGUUUCGAGCCCGGCAGAUGUGGUUAAGGAGCUGAUCGGUUACUGUCUGGACUGCCUUGGAAGACUGCAGGCAAAAAAUGAGCAUCUGCAAAAAGAAAAUGAAAGGCUUUUCAGCAACUGGAGUGAUGCGGAGAAGCGGCUGGAAAAAUGCGUGGAAGCUAAAGAAGAACUAGAGGCAGAUCUUUAUAACCGGUUUGUUUUGGUGCUGAAUGAAAAGAAGGCAAAGAUAAGAAACUUACAGAGUUUGUUGAAUGAAGCUGAAGAAUCUGCUGCAGAUGCCAAAUGUACAAGGGAUAGUGUAGCUACCACCACUCAGAUGGCUACAGGGAGAGAAAAUGACUAUGAUGGCAGUACUGAUGAGGAAGGUGAAAAUUCAACAGGGGCCUCAUUACCUUCAGCACUGGAACAAAGGGAUUCCCUUCUGCGUAGCCCCGACGUCAUUGAUGCUGCUCCAAGAAGAAAGCGAAGACAAAGGACAGCAAAGUCUGCCGGGGUGGGAGCAAAGAUGGCUGCGUACGAGACAGAGCUGCCAGCCAGGAAACAACCCAGUCUGGCCUCACAGAAGACGUUGGGCAAGCAUUCCCCGGAUGUGAUGAAUCUUGAAACACUGGAAAACACUUGUGAGCCAGAGGACCUCUUUGGUGACAUCUAGCUAUCUGUUGGCUGAGAAACUGAGAGACUGACGCUUCUAAUAGAGAUAAACUGCAAAACAGAAAGGCUUUGUUGUAGACACUGAGCUGAAAUCUUUGCUCUGAGGUAGUAUUCGAUGACAUAUUGCUGUAAUCCCCUUGCACUGUACUUGUCCCCAUUCUUCACUACACAGCUGUAGACACUUGGCCUGCUAGACUUGAUUUGUGACAGCCUUGAAAUCAGCUUAGCUGCAGUGUAGAUCUUGUAUCAUGUGAUGUGGGGAAGGAGACCACCACCAUAGCGUUUUUACAUCCUAACAGUCUCUGGCUGCCGAUUGUAUCCAGAAUCAACUGGUUUCCAGUUGUCCCCAGAGGAUGUCAGAUGUAAAGAAGAUUAAGGCUACCACUGUACUUACCUUAUAUGCUGCCCUUUUUUUGAGCAGCUCAGCGUAGGCGUGGUCUAGCUAAAUCAUCUUCCACUUUGACUGAAAUACAACUUUCCUAAACUGUGAGUUCAGAACCGUAUCUUCUGACUUGGAGCAUCCAAAGAAAUAUCCUUUCACUUUUUACUUGAAGGUUCCCUGCAGCAUUAUGCAUUAUAAAGUAUUCCUGCUUUAGGGAGUAAAGUGUUAAUCAGGUCAAUACUGACUGUAUUUGAACAUUCUGUAGAAAUCCAUAGCCUUUAGAAUUGUAAUUUUUGAUAAUUCAUCACUUUUCUUAAGGUGAUUUUUAAAAAAAACCAAACAAAACACCAACAAAAAACGCCCGCAUUCUAAAAAUACAUCAAUUUUGGUUUUAUUUGCUUAGACACUGUAUGAGUAAAGGGACUAGUUAGCAAAGUGUGUUAGUGCAUGACCUUUUCCUGCCCAAAGCUGGUGCAUACAUUUAGGUUUAGGGCUUCAUCGAAGAAAAAGGUAGCAACGUGUAUUUACCUUCAGCGGUCAAAAUCAAGUGUACGGAGCUAAGCAUGCAUGUCAGGUUUCUGCUUUGCGGCUUUAAGAGCCUGAACCCAUUCUCGUUUGAGGCAGAGGGAGCCAGUGCUUCUCGGAAAGGACAUGCUCCAGCAAGGGUGUUAAACAUGUGAGUAAUCCCGUUGAAGUCAGCAGGACUAUGCAACCUAGUCCUGCCUCUGUGCUCUGCGGCUUGCAGUGGUCCUUGGAAACUACGUGGUAUUUUUGAAAAGGCAGCUUAUUUAGGCCCUGAUUCUGCCAGAAUUCAAUCCUAUGUUUAACUGAAAGCAUCCGUGUCGGUAUUUGCAGGAUCAGGGCCACAUUUAAGAACUUACAUGAGGAUCUGGGAAUCCUAUAUUUAAGCAUUCCUUUCUGGAAAACAUGGUCACAGCAUUUUAAAUUCACAAAGGGCUUUGGGACAAUGAUAUAAAUCACACAGUAAAACGUGAAUGGCCAAAAUAUUUUGCUUGCUACAAAGACUUUGUGCCUGAGAAAUGACAGGACCACAAAAGACCUAUUCAUACAGCCAUUCAUAGACAUUGCCUGAUUUAAAAUCUUCCAGCGCUGAUCUGACAAUGCUUUCAGCAAAAGCCUGUAUAUCGUUUCAGUUUUAAUGUGAAAAUGUUCCAUGACUUAACCCACAAUACAAGAGCUUGGUUUAAUUGUGCCUGCAGCGUAAAAUGAAGGUAAAUGGAGCUGAAUAUCCCGCGAAAAUCUGCUUUCAAGAAACUGUUGGUUUCUAAUAGUAAAACGUUCUUAUAUAAAUAGGAAAUGUUACACACAGUUGGCAGAUGUAAUAAAGUCUGUCGGAAUGUUUAUUCUUUUCGCUUUUUUUGAAGUUUAUAGAGUCAAGCGAGGAGUUGAGCAGAAAAUUACAUGAUGGUGGAUACAUACCUUGGGCUAUAUGAGCACAGGUGUGUCGUCUAGUUAGGGUUGCUGUGGUACAGACCCAGUUUCCAGCCAGCUGAAACUGUUUGUAUAAGCAGGGACACCUCCUCUUCCCUCAACGCCUUACACUAUGUCAGUCUCCACAACUGUCUAUAAAGUGUUAGUGAAAUGCUCUUUCCUGAAGACGUGUGUGAGAAAGGAUUGCUUUUCUGCUGAUAAGGUUUCAUUUUCCAGUUGACUUUGAAGAGGAAAGACACGACAAAAUGAGCACAAAUUAUUUGUGAGAGCAGAUUUAGUAUUGCAAAAGCUGCAGAAAAUCCGUGGAACUUCUUUAGGAUGCAUAUUUGUCCACAAGGAAUGGGGGCAUCCACUUUAUCCUCAAAGUCAUUCAUCCGGAUGCAUUGAAAUAGACCCAGUGGCCUUCAUUGACCAAGCCAAGUAAAAUCUGUUUCAGAUUAACCUGUGAUUAAGUUUGGGAAGGGAACUCAGUAAGAACGCCUCUUACGUAUUUUUCAAAACCCUACUGCAUUAAUAUGAUACUCAGUGGUGCUUGGUUAAGUCUCCAAGAAAAGCUGGGAUCUUUUCUAUCACUCCACGCCAAUGGAGUUUCUGCUGCAGGGGCUUUCCAAAGCUUACAGAGCAGAAGGGUUCCCUUGUGAGUCAACAGACAGUGCUCCUAUUCAUAUAUCAAAUAUAAUGUUCACCUAUUUCACAAUGGCAUAACAUCUCAUAGUUAAUGUUCAUGCUGUGAUCCGCCAUAAUCAUUGGAUUCUUCAGUGCAGAGUUACUGGGUAGUCACUUGUUUUUCCAUUCUGUGUUUGUGCAGCUGACUAUUCCCACGUGGGUUUCGUAACUGGCAUUUAACCCUAUUGACUUGCAUCCCAUUCUGGAGCUGAUUUCUCUAGUUUGUCAAGAUUAUUUUGAAUGCUCAUUCUUCCUCAGCUUUUUGGGGUGUGAUGGGUGAAUGUUGUAAGUUCGUUCUCCAUUGCUAACAUCCAGCCCAUUAGUGAAAACACUAACAGUCCUGGACUCAAGCCUCACUCCAUUCGACCUUCUAUUUAGUAGAACUACUAAACUUAGACUUACUUUGUGAGCACGGUUUUCUAACUCACCUUUUGGAAGGCCAUGUUUUCCAGGCAUGCCUAUAAAACUGUCACAUGCAAUAGCCUGACAUGAGACGUCAGUCAAUUGCUUCUCCCUCGUCCAAAAUAUUUCAGUGGUGACAGAAGACAAAAUAGAGAAACAUGCCCAUAAAUGGUUUUUCAAGACAGGAAAUUAACCAAAGUUAAGAAACGCAGAUCAAAUUUUAAAGGCCAUCCUUAAUUAAUACUUCUGUUUGAUAUUACUGUGCAAAUGAUUUCCCAAAUAAUUUUUUUUCUUCUGUUUAAACUGUACUUUUGAGGAAGACAAAACAUGCAUUUGUUUUACAGGAGGAAAGCUGUGCUAUCUUUCAUUAACGGUUAGACUCAUCUAGAGUUUUUCACUUUUAAAGUAACUAUUUAAACAGAGUGUACAUUUUUAUGCAUAACAAUUUGUCAUUUGAGGUUUGAAAAUUGCCUGUUCACCCAGCAGAUCUUUUAGUUCAAAAAGAUUGACAAUGUAUUUUUCAAGAGCAAAAUAAUUGUUCUGAACCAAAGAAAACCCACCUCUUUUCCUGAGAAAGUGCGGUGUAAAGUAUUGCCUUUGGGAUGAAAAUAUUAUUUUGACUUUGAGAUAAUGUUUUGCCUAUCUGUAUCACUGUUGUAACUAACUUCUGGCUAUUAUUCCCAAAAGUAGACACCCGUGUGUUUAUACGUGUGUAUUCGUUCUAUUGUUCUUCCUUGCUUUGCACCUGUAACAUAUAAAUUAUUGUGUGUAUAAACAUGA